CAAGGUUGCUGGGGUUUCGCCCGGCUGUGGUUGUCCGGCUGUUUGGCUUCUCAGAGUUGGCGGUGGCGAUGGGGGUCUUCGAGUAGUUCCCGAGCCUGCAGGCGUCGGCCGCCCCCCCCGAACUAGAGCCCUCCGCUCCCGGGCGGCCCACGGCCAGCUCUGAUAUCCUGGGGUGAAGCGGAUCGGGGGCUCAGAGAAGGAAAGGGGAGGAGCUCUCACUCCGGGAGUUGGGAAGAAGGGAUCCGGGUCUGGGGGGAAAAGAAUGGGCGUCAUGGCUAUGCUUAUAGAAGGAGCAGAAGGUGGAACUUAACCAAUUCCACCUUCUCCAAACGAUUCCGAAGACGUCUGUGUUUCUGCUCGUCUGAUAUCUGGCUCCCCUGUGCAUACGGUGGCCGGGGAUAGUUCAGUGUUUUUAUUUUCACUGCUGUGAACGUGGAGAUGUUAAUUACCCAGGAAUGUAUUGAUGUAUGACUUGAAAAUGAUAUAUUGCUUGAGUAGUGUAAUCAAGCAAAUUUAUACUAAAGAGAAAAAAUAAGCAGUAUUUUAAAAGCAGAACAGGGUUUUUUGUCACAACCCUGUGGUCAUCACCUUGGCCUUAACCUUUGGCUACUGUCUGUCGCUAAGAUGAGCACCCACCGUUCCUCUCCCUUUGACCCUGAGCGUCGAGUCCGGAGCACAUUGAAGAAGGUCUUCGGGUUUGACUCUUUUAAGACACCUUUACAGGAGAGUGCGACCAUGGCUGUAGUGAAAGGUGACAAGGAUGUUUUUGUGUGCAUGCCCACAGGGGCAGGAAAAUCCCUCUGCUAUCAGCUCCCUGCUCUGUUGGCCAAAGGCAUCACCGUGGUCAUCUCUCCUCUCAUUGCACUGAUUCAGGACCAAGUGGACCACUUGCUGGCCCUGAAGGUGCGAGUGCGGUCCCUGAACUCGAAGCUCUCGGCACAGGAGAAAAAGGAGCUGCUCUCCGACCUGGAGCAGGAGAAGCCCCAGACCAAACUCCUGUACAUCACGCCCGAGAUGGCAGCCUCCGCCUCCUUCCAGCCCACCCUGAACUCCCUGGUGUCCCGCCACCUGCUCUCCUACCUGGUGGUGGACGAAGCUCAUUGCGUUUCUCAGUGGGGGCACGACUUCCGCCCCGACUACUUGCGCCUGGGUGCCCUGCGCUCCCGCCUGGCACAUGCCCCGUGUGUGGCUCUGACCGCCACGGCCACCCCGCAGGUCCGUGAGGAUGUGUUUGCGGCUCUGCACCUCAAGCAGCCGGUUGCUGCCUUCAAGACUCCCUGCUUCCGGGCCAAUCUCUUCUACGACGUGCAGUUCAAGGAACUGCUUUCGGAUCCCUACGGGAGCCUGAGGGACUUCUGCCUUAAGGCGCUUGGCCAGCAGGCUGGGAAAGGGGUGCUGUCCGGCUGCGGCAUCGUCUACUGCAGGACCAGAGAGGCUUGUGAACAGCUGGCGAUAGAGCUCAGUUCCAGGGGGUUGAGUGCCAAGGCCUACCACGCAGGGCUGAAGGCCUCUGAAAGGACGCUGGUGCAGAACGAGUGGAUGGAGGGGAAGGUCCCCGUAAUCGUUGCCACCAUUAGCUUCGGGAUGGGAGUGGACAAAGCCAACGUCAGGUUUGUCGCCCACUGGAAUAUUGCCAAGUCUAUGGCUGGGUACUACCAAGAGUCUGGCCGGGCGGGCAGGGACGGGCAGCCUUCCUGGUGCCGCCUCUAUUACUCCAGGAGCGACCGGGACCAAGUCAGCUUCCUGAUCAGGAAGGAAGUAGCAAAACUCCAGGAAAAGAGGGGGAACAAAGCCUCUGAUAAAGCUGCCCUCCUGGCCUUUGAGGCCUUGGUGACCUUCUGUGAAGAACUGGGGUGCCGCCAUGCCGCCAUUGCCAAGUACUUUGGGGAUGCACCCCCCGCCUGCACCAGAGGCUGUGACCACUGCCAGAACCCCGCGGCUGUGCGGAAGCAGCUGGACGCCUUGGAGCGCAGCAGCAGCUGGAGCAAGACCUGCAUCGGGCCCUCCCAGGGCAAUGGCUUCGACCCUGAGCUGUAUGAGGGCGGCCGCAGGGGCUACGGGGGCUUCAGCAGGUAUGACGAAGGUUCUGGAGGCAGCGGGGACGAGGGCCGAGAUGAGGCCCACAAGCGGGAGUGGAACCUCUUCUACCAGAAGCAGAUGAGUCUGCGCAAGGGCAGAGACCCCAAGACAGAAGAAUUUGUGCCCCCAGAUGAGGACUGUCCCCUGAAAGAGGCUUCUAGCAGGAAGAUCCCCAGGCUCACUGUGAAGGCCCGUGAGCACUGCCUGGGGCUGCUGGAGGAGGCCCUGGGCAGUAACUGCCAGGCUGCAGGUGCCACCCAGGGACCUGACCUGCAGGCCAAGGCUGUGGAGCUAGAGCAUGAGAUGUUCCGAAAUGCCAAGGCUGCCAACCUGUACAAGGCCAGCGUGUUGAAGAAGGUGGCCGAGAUCCAUAGGACCUCCAAGGACGGGCAGCUCUACCACCCGGCAGGCGGUGCCAAGGGCUGCAGUGCCCAGGCCGAGCCCCCAGAGCCCAACGAGCACGACAUCCUGCCGGCCUCCCAGGUGUACUCGCUCAAACCCAAGCGGGUGGGAGCCGGCUUCCCCAAAGGCUCCAUCCCGUUCCAGACGGCCUCACAGCUGAUGGAGGAGAUGAGGGCCCUUCCGCCUGAGCAGAGAGGCCAGCAGGAGUCCCCCAGCCAGCCGUGUGGCCUCCAGGAUGAGGAAAGCAGUGAGCCUGUCCCCAGGCUCAGAGAGGCCCCCGGAAGCAGUGCUCAUUGUGGGGGGCCCUCCCCUGAGAAGGCAAAGGGCCCCUCUGGGGGCAGCCCCGCGGCCAAGGCCCGGGCCAACAAGAAGCAGCAGCUCCUGGCCGCUGCGGCCCGCAAGGACUCUCAGAACAUCGCCCGCUUCUGCCAGAGGGCCGAGGGCCCGCCUGUCCUGGCUGCAGCCCCCGGGGCAGAAGGUGCCAGCCCUUCCUGUGCUGGGGUGCGGGGGCCCCUGCCUGUGGCCCCAGAGACACGGACCGAGGAGGAGGAUGGAGCCCUGGGACGUUUGGCUGCUCACCCCCAGACUGAGUGCACCAGGGAGGGGCCAAGUGCCUGCCCACUGCGAGACCCGGGGCCCCCUGAAGGCCAGCUCACCCUCCCGGAGGGGACCCCGAGGGGCAAGCGGCCCAGGCCCCAGCAGGAGAACCCCGAGAGCCAGGCUCGGAAGAAGCCUCACCCCUCAGCCAGUGCCUCCAUUCUAGCCGAGGCCAACGACAACAUCUUGGCCAGCGGUCAGAGCACCAUAAGCCGCGCGGCCCAGGGCUCCUGCCAGCUCGCGGCCCCGGGCACCUCCCUGAAGGUGGCUGCGAACAUUGUGGUCAAGUGCCUGACCCCUUUCUACAAAGAGGGCAAGUUUGCCUCCAAGGACCUGUUUAAAGCCUUUGCCCGCCACCUCUCCCACUCGCUGGCUCAGAAACCCUCUCCUGGGAGGAGCGGUGAGUGCCUGGGUCACCGGCCAGGCGGGACUGGGGGCCCUGCAGGGAGGCGACCGGCCCUCACACUCCCCCACCCCGACUCUCUAGUGAAGGAAGAGGCCCAGCACCUCAUCAAGCAGUUCUUCCGGGGCCGCGCCCGCUGCGAGAGUGAAGCUGACUGGCACGGCCUGUGUGACCCACAGAGAUGACCGACUGCUGCCCGGCGGGACCAGUGUCCCCCUCUCCCCUCCCCCCAACUCUACCGUGGGCCCGCUGGGCCUGACUCAGGAAUGGGAAGGCGGACAGGCCUGCUGCCGCCAGCGGCAUCUCUUUGCUCAGGGGCAUCUCUUCUCAGGGUCCUUCCCCCUUCCCACCACACCUCGCUGUGGAGAUGGCCCCGGACACCUCCCAAAUCAAGGCCAGAGGUCAGCCCACCUUCCUAUGUACUUGCAAGGCCUGAGGCCCUCUCUCUCCUGGCCUCCCGGAGUCCCACCUUAGAAGGACGUGGGUGGCGUGGCUGCUGCCAGGGGAACAGGAAGAAGAAAUGGUCCCUCCACCUCUUGUACCCGAGCUGUAAGCCGGGGGAGGCCCACCUGUGCAAGGCGGCGGGGCUCCAGUGCAGGGCUGAGGGUGAGGGCAGUGGCCAGCCCUGCUUCUCGGCUCCUGCUCGGGAAGGCGAGGCUGGACCGAGGCGCCUCCCAGAGGAAUAAAGUCUGUUCUGACACGU